GGAAAGGUGUAGUCACGUGAUUUGGCGCUGGAGCUGUUGGAUUAUCGCUCCCUGCAGGAUUUACUAGGUGUAGGCUGAGCGUUACAGGUGGAGCGCAAACAGCGCUGAUACGGAUCCUAAAACAAGCUGAGCCGAGUCAGUCUGUGAGGGGUUUCCAUGUAGAUCCCAGCAGCUGGAAUACUGAACCCUCAAAAUGAAGUCCUCCAGCAUCCCCCAGCACUAGCCGUGCAGCAUGGCUCCUGCUCCUCCUUCCGGAGAGGACACCAGCAGCUCAUUAGCUCUGCACUGGAGGCUAACGCCGACAUAGAUACCCAUCAACAUCAAACUGAACCCAUUCAGGCUAAGUCCUGGUUGAACAUCUAAAUAAACCACGGACAGGACUCGUCCAGCACAGAGAUUAGGGACUCAGGUUUUGAACCAUGCUCUGUCUCUGAUUUUUGGUGUUUGGGCUUCAGAGCUGGACGGUGCAGCUCCUCAACACGUCGACGGACCCCGGACCCUGAGCCAUGUCUCUUCUGUCGGCUCUGAGCAUCGUCUGUGGAUUGAUGCUCCAGCUUUAUUUCAGUCUGCUCAGCGCUCAGUACUGUGUUCCACGAAAGACUGUCUUCUACCAGAGUAACCUGAAGUUGUUCAAAGAAGAUGGAAUCUUCAAUUACUCAACUAUGCUGAUCAGAGAUGACCUGGGUGUGUUGCUGCUGGGGGCAAGAGAGGCCAUCUAUGCUCUGGAUAUCAACAACAUCUCAGUCCAAAAGGCUGCGGUGUACUGGGGAGUACCCGAAGAGAAGCAGAGGGAGUGCACAUACAAGGGAAAGCAUGCAGAGGUGGAAUGCCGCAACUACAUUCGAACGCUGCUCAGUGUGAACGACACUACAGUCUACGUUUGUGGCACAAAUGCUUUUUCUCCAACCUGUGAUUAUAUGACGUUUGCAAAUGGGCAGCUGACCCUGAAAGGAAAGCAGGAGGAGGGGAAAGGGAAGUGUCCUUUUGAUCCCUUUCAGAGAUACUCCUCCCUCCUGGUUGGAAAUGACCUGUACUCUGCUACAUUUAUCAACUUCUUGGGCUCCGAGCCCGUGAUUCUGCGCAGCUCAAGUUCGGCUCUUCGCACCGAGUUUAAGAACUCCUGGCUCAGUGAGCCAAACUUUGUCUACAUGGACCUCAUGGGGGAGAGCUCUGACAGUCCCGAUGGGGACGAUGAUAAGGUGUACUUGUUCUUUAGCGAGAAUGCCAUGGAGUAUGACUUCUACAGAAAAGUUGCAGUGUCAAGAGUGGCCCGUGUCUGCAAGGGAGAUAUGGGUGGCCAGCGGACGCUGCAGAGGAAAUGGACCUCAUUUCUGAAAGCCCGUCUGGAUUGUUCCUUCCCUGAACCCAGCCUGCCCCCCAUUGUCCAGGAUGUCUUCCUGCUCAGGCACAAGGACUGGAGGAAGAGCGUCUUCUUCGCCGUGUUCACACCUCAGUCGAGCUUGUCUGAGGUCUCUGCAGUGUGUGCCUACACCGUCUCUGCAAUAAGAGGCAUUUUUAAUGAGGGAAAAUUUAAGACAUCUGUUGCCGUGGAGACAUCACAUGUCAAAUGGGUGAUGUACACCGGAGAGGUGCCAGUACCCAGACCAGGAGCGUGUAUCAACAAUGUGGCCCGUAAAAUGGGGAUGAAUCAUUCCCUGGAUCUUCCGGACAAAACCCUCCAGUUCAUCAGAGACCGCCCCCUGAUGGACGAGGCUGUUCGUCCUCUGACAGGAGGCCCGCUGCUGCUCAAGAGGGGACCCUUACUGACUCGAAUUGUUGUGGACAGCGUGGUGGCUCUGGAUGGGGAGACUUAUAACAUCAUGUUCAUUGGAACUGAAAAUGGUUAUGUUCAGAAGGCCGUGAACUAUGAUGGAGAGAUGUUCAUCAUCGAGCAGAUCCAGGUGUAUGAAAACCCCGUGGCUAUCAAUAUCCUGCGCCUCUCGUCGAGCAAGGGCCAACUCUACGCUGGUUCAGAAUCUGGUGCCAUCCAGAUGCCGCUCAGUGACUGCGGCCGAUACCAAUCUUGUGAGGACUGCAUCCUGUCCAGGGAUCCUUACUGUGCCUGGGACUCCUCCACGCAAAAGUGCUCCUCUGUCUACAGUUUGUCUGCAUCCCCAAAAACUGCAGUUCAGAGUCUGAAGGAGGGGGAUGUGUCACAGUGUCCUUCAACAGGUCCAAUAGCAGCUGUCGACUUUGCCCUAAUUCCAGGGAACAACAUCCAGCUGCCUUGCCAACUUCACUCCAACCUGGCACAGGUCCACUGGAGGUUCUCUGACCUCCACCUUGAAACUAACAACAAAUACUACAUCUAUAGCAGAGGCCUCCUCAUUCUGAACACAUCUACAUCAGAUGCAGGCUUGUACUUUUGUGACUCAGUUGAGCAGAUAAACAGCAGGAUAUACAACAGGACCGUGGCAGUUUAUCAUUUACAAGUCUUUGAACCACCAGUGGCUGUCAGCCCCGGUCCUGGGAUAACAGUCACAAAAUACUUCAUUCAAACUUCCAAAACUGCAACAAAUGGGUCACAGCCGGACCUUGAGAGCGAAGGCUUGCCGCUGCCUGAGAAUCAAAGAGACACUGGCAAGAUAAGUCGCCUGGAGGUGGCUGUGGCUCUGCUGUCACUGUUCUGUCUCUCCCUUAUCGGCGUCAUAUUAUGGUUCUGGAAGCAAGGGCGCUGGAAGUGUUUCAGGUUUGCUCAGAACUCCAAGGGCAUCGAGGGGAAGAUGCCGCCAGCAAACUACACCCACAUCCAGAACAGAAACUCUGAAAUUAAGCCCCUGGGGGCAGAGGCAGGGAGACCUUGCACAGCCAACAAUAAUCACACUGCUGUAAACUUCAAAGGGAACGGAGAGUACCACUUCCCAACUCUGGCCAACAUUUCAAGUCUGGAUGGUCUAAGAUACAUCCAUGAUGAGUCAGAGAUUUGACUCUGCUGAGGUACACACUUCAGUCCAAGGUCUGCACCAGUGUAAUAAUUACCUUCCCACAUGUGUACUCGAGAGAUGUGUUUUACAUUAUACAGGUACGUCUCAAUAAAUUAAAAUAUUUGAAAAAAAAAAAACUACUACUAUUUUUUUCAGUAAUUAACUUCAAAAUUUUUAUUUUUUUGUCCGUUUUGAGGAUUAUGGAUUACAGCUAAUGAAAACCAGAAAUUCCGUUUAUCAGAAAUGCUUAUAUUAUAUUAUAUUAUAUUAUAUUAUAUUAUAUUAUAUUAUAUUAUAUUAUAUUAUAUUAUAUUAUAUUAUAUUGUAUUACCCUCAGUCAGUGACUACUGGCUGGACAACGGUCAAAUCAGCAGUCCUCCCCUCGAUUGAACAGGCCAUAACAUAAUAUUCCUAUGAUAUAAGUAUUUCUUUUUUAACUGGUCUAAAUAAUAUUCUAGUUUAAGGCCUAAAUUUUAAGUUGGCGUCUCUGAACUGCAAUCAAAAAUCUACUGAAAUAAACGCUUGGAAAUUAUCACGAGUUUCACUUUCUGAACUGAAUUACUGAAGUAAACGAACUUUCUGAAGAUAUUCUAGUUUAUUGAGAUACACCUUUAAAUGCUAAAUCGGAUCCAUUUUUUUUUUCGUGGGUAAUUUUCGAUGUCUUUCUAGGCAGCUGAUAUUCCUUAAAAAGACAUAACUUGUAAUACCCCUGCCCAAAAUAUUGUUGUGGUCUCUGUAAUAUAUUUGUGUAUAGUCAAUGUUAUUUUUUUGGAAUAUUUAUUGGAGGAAAUCAUGUUUUUAUCUUUCAUCUGUUUUAUUCUAAACUUCAAGAAAACAGCUGAUCUCCGAGCACUUUUAACUUAAUGGAUCCUGCUGUAUGUUAUGUAUAUGGAUCGAUAUUCCAAGGGUCUUUUGGUUUAGUUCAUUUUUCUUUUAACACUAAAAAUCACUAAUUCAAUUAUUUAAAAAAAAAAAAAAACAGUAUUUCAUUCAUAAUUUUCCUUCUUAACAAAAAUAACUUUUUUUUAUGAUAAUCAUCUAGUAGCGAGGUUAUUUUUACUUUUUUGUUUUGGUGGUGUACACAGCUUUACUUCAGAUUGCAGUCUUACUGUAGUGUAACUCUGAAAAAGAUAAAGCUGUUGCAGGAAUAUAGAGAUGUGGGUAUAAAUUUCAGGUAGCAAAUCAACUGAGCGGUCCAACACAUGUAAGGGUUUUGGGUUUGGCCUUUGGAAAACACUGCCUUGCUCAAGUUAAUGAUAAACAAAUGUAGCUUACUUAUCUCAAGUCACAGAAAAAGACAAAAUGAUUUUUUCAUUGCCGUCUUGGAACCAUCCCUUGUUUCAUCUCACACAAGUGUUGAUAUAAAAGGGAUUCAAUGAGAUUCUCAUUAAAUAUGUAUCAGUAUGGCAUAAAGAAGUGGUCUUGUACAUAAUUAGGUUUAAAAAAUGCUCCAGGGCAAAUGUUGCUUCUGUUGUUGCAUACAUGUAUUAUUUAAAUAAUAUUCUUUCAGCCAAUUACAGCUGUUGCCACAAGGCUUACAAAGACUGGAUCAUACUAAUCUUAGAUGGGAUGUUUUUAGAAUCCACCCAUAUUUAAUAAGAUACGUUCUUAGUUUUAGCUCUCUUUGGUUAUUUAAACACCAAAGUUGCCAGAUUCAAGGCUUUUUAAAUAUCCCAGAUUCUUUAUUGACAUUUCACAACUUUACCUGGAUAAAAAAAAAACACAUGGAAAUCAAUUCUUGUGUUGCAAACUCAAACUUCAUAGUAUUGUAUUAGGAUUUUAUGUGACAGACUAACACAAAGUAGGGCAUCAUCGUGAAGUGGAAGGAACAGUAUGCGUGGUUUUGAAAAUAUUUUAACUAUAAAGAUCAACAUUUCCAUUCAGCCCUGCAUCAAUGCAUCAUAGAACCACCUUUUGUUGCAACUACAGCUGCAGUUUCUCUUAAGGUGUGUCUCUACUUGCCUUGCAUAUCUAGAAAAUAAAAUGUUUGCUCGUUCUUCUUUGCAAAAUAGCUCAAACUAAGUCAGACUGGAUGGAAAGCAUUCCUGGACAUCAAGUUUUCAAGUCUUGCCACAGAUUCUCAGGUGGACUUAGGUCUGGACUUAGACUGGAUCAAUUAAAAACAUAAACAUGCUUUUAUUUAAUCUACUCCAUUGUAGCUCUGGUUGUGUGUUUAGGGGUUUUCCGUCCGCUGAAAAGUGAACCAUCACCCCAAUUCCAGGUCUUCUUUACCCUCCAACGGGUUUACUUCCCGGCAUUGCUCUGUAUUUAGCUCUAUCCAUCUUCAACUCUGACCAGCUUCCCCUCCUCCACUUUUCACCGUGGUGACGAAAUGCACACUAAAACAUAAAAGAUUUUUUAUGUCUUAAUAUUAGAAACGAUGCAUCAUUUUUCUUCUACAUCAAAUACUGCAUUUGUUUGUGUUUCCCAUCAACAUAAAAUCCCAACAGAAUACUCUGUUUAAAAUUUGGCAAAGUGUGGAAAAGUGCAUAGGAAUAGGGAUAUAAAUAGGGGUAAUAAUGUGGGGGAAAAACUGAAGUGGUGCACUCUUCAGCAGUGGCAUCACUUAAUAAAAAUAAGGAUUUAUGAUAAAGGCAAACUGUGAUAUGAUUUAAUAAUCUUGCUUCUGAGUUGUGGUUAAAGGACAUGAGUGAAAGUGAGAAAUUGUGAAAUAAGUUGCACACACUGUGAAUAAAGUCAUUUAUUGAAA